GAAGAAAAAGAAAAAAUUAAAAAAAAUGAUCACUUAAUAUCUAAUAAAAAAAGAACGAAAAUUAUUGAUGAUUCUAUUGAUUCUAUUUCAUUAAAAAAGAAAAGAAAAUUAGAUAAAAAUUUAUAUAAACCACCAACAGUAGAAGAACUAAAUCAACUUAGAGAAACAGAAAAUUUAUUUCAUUCCAACUUAUUUAGACUGCAGAUAGAAGAAAUGUUAAAUGAAAUUAAAGUUAAAGAAAAAUAUAAACGUUUAUUUGAUAUUUGGUAUAAAAAUUUUAAGAAAAAUAUUGAAUCCAUAAAAGAAACAGAAGAAUAUAAAAUUUCAGAUCAAGAAUUGAAAAACAAAUUAAAUAUGCAUAUUCCAAUGCCAAAGGUACCAGAGGAAACAAAAGGAAUAUUUAAAUUUCUUAAGCCAUCGGAUAUUGCUAUUAUAGGAUCUUAUAUGUUUGAUGCUGCAAUUAGUCCAAAUUUCACUGUAGAUAUAAUGAUUGAAAUGCCAGCUAAAAUGUUUCAAAAACAAGAUUAUCAAAAUUAUAGAUAUAUGAAAAAAAAAGCAAUAUAUUUGGCAUUCAUAGCAUUUAAUAUUACUGAUGAUAUUGCUGAAAGCAAAACAUUUAUGAAUGAUAGUUUAAGACCAUUUUUAAAAAUUGUACCAAAUGGAAAAUUAGGCACUAAAAUGAAUGUAUUUGUACAUAUAUCAGCUCAAGAAGGAAGUUUUAAAUUAAGUAGAUUUUUACCAGAAAAAAAUAAUAUUAGAUCUGAAUGGUUUUUUAAUGAGGAAAAAAUUACAGAAGAUUUACUUCCAACACCAUAUUACAAUUCUAUUAUUCUUCAUGAUUUAACUAUGAAAAUUCAUGCAGAAAAUAUGAAAAUAAUAAAAGAAUAUCCAAAUUUAAGAGAUGGCAUUAUUUUAUUGAAGAUAUGUUUAUUAGUACAAGUUGAUUGGUGUGAAUCUGGAGUAACUAUGAAUCAAAAUGAAGAUAGUAAAAAUAGAAUUUUUAGCUAUCAUAAAUAUUAUGAUUGUGUAUUUUUGGAUAGCACUGGUUACUAUAAUAUUACUACACAUAUAUUUAAAUCUACAUAUAAAUGGAUACAAAAAGAAGCACAACUUUCUUUAAAUCAUUUGGACAGUGCACAUGCAAAUAGUUUUCAAUCACUUUUUAUGAGAAAAGUACCAUUUUAUAUGGCAUUUGAUCAUUUUGUAUGGUUUGAGGAUCCACAAAUAUUAAAAAAUAUAGUAAGUGUUAAUUCAAGUAAUAAGGAUAAGUUAAAUUAUGGUCCAAAUUAUCGAAUACAAAUAAUAAAGAUACUUUACAAUAUUUUUGAAAAAGGAUUGGCAAAUAGAGUCCAUCAAAUUUGUGUUUUACCGAAAGAAAUUUCAGAAUGGGAAUUUACAGAGGAUAAUUGCGACAAUAUUGGGAAGAUUUUUUUUGGAUUGGAAUUAAAUCCAGAACACUGUUUUAAUAUUGUUACUAAAGGCCCUGAAGCAAAUUUACCAGAAGCAAUUGAAUUUCGAAAAUUUUGGAACAAAAAAUCAGAAUUACGACGAUUUCAAGAUGGAACUAUUCGAGAAGCAGUAAUUUGGUCAAAAGGCAAAACAUUAUCAGGAAAAAGAAUAAUAUGUAAAAAAAUUAUAAAUUUUUUAUUAACAAAAAAAUUAGAUUUUCCUAAAAAUAAAUUUACAUAUAUUGCUGAUCAAAUAGAGGAACUUAUAAAAUUGCAAAAGGUCAAAAUAACGCAUUUUGUUUAUGGAACGGGAGAAGAAGCAGCUCUAAAAGCAAUAAAUGUAUUUAAUCGUUUUGAAAAAGAUUUGAUGUCUCUUACAGACAUUCCGUUGUCAAUACAUGGGGUUCAAGGAUCUAGCGCGGUUUUUAGAUAUACGGAUGUUUUUCCACCACUUGCAACAGUUUAUCGGCCUACUAAAGAAUUUAAAAAAAUUAAAAAUUGUUUAAUAUUGUCUAAAAAUGUAACAAUAGCACCUAGAUAUGUUAGUCCACUUGAAGUGAGUUUGCAAUUAUCAACUAGUGGAAAAUGGCCAGAUGAAUUGGAAGCUUUUAGAAAAACAAAAGCUGCUUUUCACAUACAAAUAGCAGAAUGUCUUAGAAAACAAUUUAUGUUAAAAACAAAUGCAAAUUUUUCGCAUAUCGAUGUAUAUAAGGAUGGAUUUGUAUUUCGAUUAAGAAUAUCACAUCAAAAAGAAAUUAGUUGCUUGAAACAAGUAACUGAAAAUGGAGUUAUACAAUAUAAAGAUAAUGAAGAAUCAAUAGAAUUAGAAAAUAGAUUAUUCGAAUUACCGAAACUAACUAGUGCUUUGCAUGGAUUACAUACUCAACAACCAUCCUUUGGAGCUGCUUGUUGUUUAACGAAACGUUGGUUAUCUGCUCAGCUAUUGGAUGAUUCUCAUAUACCAGAUAUAGUAGUUGAACUACUUGUAGCUUCAAUAUAUUUAAUACCUACUCCAUAUAGAUCUUCUCAAACACCUCAAGUAAGAUUUUUAAGAGUCUUAGAAAUGUUUGCUAGAGGUCAUUGGAAUACUGAUCCUAUUAUUGUAAAUUUCAAUGAUGAAAUGUCUAGAGAAGAUAUAAUAGCAGUAGAAACUCUUUUUGGAUCAUCUCGUAAUUCUUUACCACCAUUAUUUAUUUCUACUCCUUAUGAUCAACAAAGAUCAUUGUGGACUAAAAAAGCACCAUCUACUUUAGUCUUAAAUCGUAUUACAAUGCUAGCUAAACAAUCUAUAAAGUUAUAUGAAAUUCAAUUUUUUACAAAAGUUCUUUUAGAUUUUAAACCAUUAUUUAGGCCACCACUUACAGAAUAUGAUUGUUUGAUAUAUUUAAAACCACAUAUGAUUCCUAGAAGACUACAAGCAGUUGAUAUCAAUGAUGCACAUCCUAUUAUUGAAUGGCAUCCAUAUAAACGACAUUCAGCUCAAAAGAUUCCAGUUGUAGGAUUUGAUCCUGUGCAAUAUUUUUUAAAAGAUCUUAGAAAUGGUUAUGAUGAAUUUGCCUUAUUUUUUCAUGAUACUUAUGGUGGUAAUGUAAUUGGAGUUUUAUUAAAACCUUCUGCAUUAGAAAAUAAGGACUUUAAGAUAUCAAAUAUUAAUGGCCGAAAAUGUAAUAAUAAUAAUCAAUUAGUUUUAAAUAUUUCGGCAAUGAUUCAAGAUUUUUAUGCUCUUGGAAAGGAUCUCGUAGAAGCUAUAGAUAUGCAAUCAAAAAAAUUUUCUUUAACUUAAUAUUUUUUGUUAA